GCCCUCGCCAACCUCCUAAACUUGAUUGAUCUUUUGAAACUGUGUCGCGUACUGUGUGUUGUGGGGAGGACGCACUGUAAUUACACGGCACUCAGGCUGCAGCGCAGUGCAAUUCAGUUGUCGCGGGCACUGUAACCCAGGUACAUAGUACCGUAGCAAACAACUUAAGUUCACCAGCCACUCAUCCUCCAUCUCAACUUUCUCAGGUUCCUCAACUGCCUCCACAAUGCAAAGGUGAUGUCUAGAAGGACCUUUCACGGCCAUGGAACCGCCGGCCAAGCGCCCUCGAUUUGGCCCUGUUCUACUCGAGGAGGAUGAUUCCGAGGCCGACGAAUUGAAUUCACACCCAGAAGAAGUGAAUGCGCGUCGAGAUCCAAACUUGCGGCUUGAGCGCUCACGCGCUUUUGCUGCCUUCAAGCUAAAGUCAGCAUUCGAGCGCAUUUUCGAAAAGUAUGAGAAGGAUUUCACUGGCGUGGGCGAUGAGAUUGACCUGAGAACCGGCGAAAUCGUUGUCAACAAUGGCCAUAUUCAGUCACUCAAGGAUGCCCGGAUGGGCAGCGAGGAUGACGCGACAUCUGAGGCCGAAUCGCUGAAUGAGGAAGAGAUGCUCUCGCAGGGAAAGGCCGACAUUGGGCUUAGAAGCCUGGGACGAAAAGCCCUGCCUUCAACUCCCAAAGUAUCUGGGCCUUCACCCCUUCACGGCCGAGGCUGGCCUGCGACAGCGCCUCUGUUCGGCGAUCCUCCAAGACUAGCGACUAUGAUGCAACCGGCCCAGAUGCCGUUUGGCGGUACCCCCAUUCAUUAUGGUGGACCUCUCACAGCGCCUGCCAUUGACCCAACCUGGAGUGCCCCUGAGUUGCCGCUGCCCUCUUUCGGUAAUCAACACGGUUCAGAAAGCGUAGAAGCUCCCCCCACGAAAAAAAAGCAGGCGCGGUCGUUGCUUAACGCCACUCCUCACCUUGGCGGUGAGGACGAGGAUGACGUUCUUUUGGACGUGAGUCCGGCCAGCCACGAUGGUAAAAGCCGAGAGGUGGUUGCGAAAAAGAAGAGACUGUCCCUGCCUCGUGCUCCAUCUGAGCAGGUGGUCUCUGUGAAGAACAGACGAGCUGCAGUGACGAGCUCUAAGCAGAACUCGAGCGCCGCCAAGAUGAGCAGGAAUCACGGUCCUAAGAAGACGCUCGGCGAGCAGCCUUCAAGAGGAAGGUCUACAGCUCCCCAGUCGGAUGCUCGUUCGGAAGUGAGCCUCACGAGGCUGAAUUCAGUUUCAAAGGCUCAGGCUAGGGAUAAAGACACCCCGAUUGAACCCGAAUUAACUCGCACAGAGAGGUUGACGCCCGGCAAUACGUCCACCCCUGAAAGUGAAGAUCGAGGGAAGACACAGGACGGAGAAAAUCACGAAGUUGGUGUUGCGGAAUCUCCGCUGUCGCAUUAUGCCCCUUCUGGACUUCUCCCUGAGCUCAUGGAUCCGGAUAUCUACCUCAAUCUAUCCUGUCCGGAAGGAAAAAUAGCCAGAAAACCGCGGAAUCAGACUCUGCGAGUUGAAAUAGAAGCGAGCAGCCAGGCCGAUCGCCGCUCAUUCCGGAACAUAAUUCCUGAGUCAAGUGAUGAAGAUUCCCCUCGGAUUCCGCGGUCUAUUAUCAGCGAAGGCGGGCUUGACGAAUGGCCGAAUGUUUCCAAUGCCCAAGGCAAAGGCCCGCCUGAUUCGAACAGAAAUCCCACUCCUGAGAGCGGUGAUCAGGUCCGAGCAGCAUCAGCCGAAGUCUUUUCAAGAAACUUCGUAGAUCCUGCCUAUGCCUUUUCAGACGAGGAUGAGCCAACGUUACCCAGGCAGAAGACCCGUCACAAGUCAAAGGUCGAUGUCAGGGCCCCAGGAAACAUGCCGGACACAGCCCAGAAUGCGACGGCUCGCUAUAUUCAAGGGGCAAAUGUAGCUGAGAAGCCCUGGAAUGCGCAUCACUCUGCUACCGCACGAGCUCCAUCGCCCACUCUAAGUACCAAUCUAGACGAUGGCAUGAUGCCCUCUGUGAGCUCUCCCGUCCAGUCAUCAGAGGCGCAACAGCAGCCAAGCCUGGAGUCGGCGGAAAGUGGCGUCAAAUCUUCUGCGUCCGGCGGGGCACUGGAUCCAGCACAGGCUAGGAGAACCUCAAUGCAUCCCUCCGACGAGUCAUCGAUACCCGAGCCGGAGGCGGAAGUGUCGUCGACAACAGCGCACCUAGAAACAAACACCAAGAGAGAUGAGAUUAUACCGCCUCAGAAAGCGCAAAACUCACCUAGUGAAAGGCGGGGGCGGAAUGCAGCUUUCAGAGCAGCGUCCCCUGUUGCUCUCCGGAGAUCAAGGAGUCAAGAGAGCCCACUAAUCCCGCAUGGUAUUCGAGAGCCAAGGGAUCCAAGCUCGGCGACUUCUGAACCAGCCCAGGACCUGGAAACUCUAGCUUGCGACUCUGCAGGCUCCUCUCGGAAUUUGGACCGAGGAUCGCCAACUCUGACUGACCCUUCAUCCAAACCCCCAGCCGCCGCCAUAACCGCACUCACAGCAACAUCCACAUCAAUACCCAACCAACCUCCAUCAACCCCGACGAAACAAACCCCUCGCUCCCUGGCCUCAAGACCACAGCAACCAACCCGCUCGUCGUCAACAUCCUUGACAACAACAGCAACGACGAAAAAGAAGAGACAAAGCAUCCUCUCACUCAUCUCAGACGACGACGACCAAGACGACGAGCUAAUCAUCACGCCCCGCCCGCCACGCUCAGCAGCCGGCCCUGCUGCGACCCCGAUCCACAUUGCGAUUCGCUCCUCUCCCGCGGCUCACCAUGUCCGCCUGUCGCUGGUGGCGGCGUCGUCGUCGUCAGGUUCGCUGAGAAAGAAGAGGAAAUCAGUAUCAACCCCGACAAUGUCCACCCCGGCACGCAAGGGAGGCGUUCCAGGUUCGACUGCCCGGGGGUCACCUCACCCAAUGGCGAGAGGGACUGGCGUGGAGGGGGACGGAGGGGAGGAGGGGGAGCUGGUUCAGACGCCUGGAGGCACAAUGCGCAGGUGCGGGGAGGACGGGUUCGUAUGCGGGAAGCCUUUCUGUUUCGCUUGUUUAUGAACCUGGUUG